AUGAAUGCCUGGCUUGCCGACGCUUCGAAUAUUCCUGGCCAGGAAAAUGGCGCCUUCCAUCCUUCAACAAUAGAUCCAUCAAGUGCUUUCUUACAUGGCUCCCCCACCCCCCAAGAUCCAUCUCAAUUCCAGCGCAUGUUUAACGGUGUGCCGCGGAACGCCUCGCCGGGGUUCCACAACCCCAACCAAGUCAUUCCAUCCAAGCGGGGACGACCUGAAGAUGGCAUGCCCAUGUCACCACGACCAGCUCCAGGUGGUAUGACUGGAUCGCGCUCGCAAACCCCCCACCAGGUACCAUAUCCCGGGUACCAGGGUCCAGCCAACGGCAAUGCGCAAUUUCAACAACCCCCAACACCGUAUCAGCAUCUUCAGCAAGCGUCUCCUAAUGCUACACAGUCACCAAUAAUGCCAGACUUCGACCAGCAAAGCGCUCGCAUGGGGACCGCGUCUCCAAGCCCCUUCUCACCCGCAGGGCCGCACCCUGGACCCCACAUGUCCCCGUCGCAAUCGGACCACGGAAGCCGCGUCAAUACACCCCAGAACGCCAACUUCAUGCAAGCGCAACAGUUUGGUGGUAUGUCACAAGGACCUGGAAUGACAUCGGCCGCUCCUCAGCCCUCGAUGCAAGCACCCCAGUUUGGUGGCAUGUCCCAGGUACCCCAGGGCUAUCAGCAGGCGCUCGCGAACCAGCAGCAGCGCUUGCAUGCCAUGCAGCAACAGCAACAGCAGCAAACGCGAAUGAAUCCCAAUCCUGCAUUGGCUGCGCGACAAGUCCCGGGCAAUAUGAACCCAAUGACCAACCCUCAGAUGGCACAAAUCAGACAGAUGCAGCCAAACAUGCCACCAAACAUCCCGAAGCCUAAUAACCCAGAGGGCUUCUUGCGCUCGUUGCAGAAAUUUAUGAUGAGCCAGAACCUUGCUUUGGACCCCAACCCCACCGUGAGUGGACGUCCGAUCAACUUGGUUCAACUAUAUGGCACGGUGAUGAAGCUUGGAGGAUCAAAAAAGAUUACCGCUACAAACGCGUGGCCAACAGUCGCGCAACACCUGCAGUUCCCUCCAAUGCAAUUCCCUACAGCCGCCCAGGAGUUCCAAGCACAUCACACGAGGAACCUGGCUCCUUACGAGCAAGCCUUCAUAAGCUCUCAACAGAAGUCAGUGGAGCAGAUGCAGCAGCAAGGUGGAAUUCCCCGUGGACCCGCUCAGCUAUACGCAGGAGCGGCGGGCAAAAUGGGCCCGGGCUACGAGCAGUCGCAGCCCCUGGCACAGUCCCCGCAAAACAACACACCGGUGCAAAACCAGACCCCUGGGAAUCCAACCAAUGGGUUUGCCACUCCCACGCAUGCCCGAAGCCAAAGCAGACCAGCCCAAGCUGGACAUCGAUCAAGUCUCUCACGCCCAUCGCAAACCCCAGUCCCACCCACAGAACCUGCGACUGGUCAAUUCCCAGCGCCUUCUCCAUCACAAUCUGGCAAGGAAGUCACACCAGGCCCUGGUCAGCCACAGCAAACCGAACAAAAGCCAGAGCCUUUUGUGAAGCAACCCAUUGGGGAAACCUUCAAGCCCAUGGUGCUGACCGGAAGCCGGUUGCAUGGACCUAUUGCUGUGGAUGAGAUGUUCCAAAUUGGCGAGGAUAUUUCAAGGCUUAAGCCCGACGUUCCCGCGUUUUCAGAAUUAGGGGUUGUGGAUAUUCACGCUCUGACAAUGGGUCUCCAAUCCGGGAUCACAGCAGAAAUUCGGGUUGCCCUGGACACCCUUACUACCCUUUCCGGCGAACCUACCGUUCAAAUAUCCCUGGAAAACUGCGACGACCUGGUUGAGAGCCUGGUUGACUGCGCUGAAGAUCAAGCUGAGAUGCUAGCACAGCACACUACCGAAGAGACAGAUACUAUGACUUUACGAUCUUACGAUGAGAUCACACGGGACUGCCAGCUUGAAAACACAUCGCUCACAGACGCUCCCCCAUUCGGGAGUCUCGAUUACGAAAUGGAUCGAGCUGUGGAUCGACUCAUCUGUAUCACCACCAUCCUCCGAAACUUCUCAUUCAGCGAGACAAACUUCCUUCCUCUCGGCAUUCCUCCCGUUGCCCAGCUAUUUGCUUCUGUUUUCCGCUACAUGGGAACCCGCAAGAAUUUCUUACGCAGCAGCCACAAUACCCUGGAUUUCAUGAAGGAUGCAGUAAUACUGCUGAGCAACUUGGCUCACGUUGUUCAAAUUCCGGGCAAGGAUGAGGCAUUGAGCUUAUUGACCUUCCUACUUGCGUUCUCGCCAGAGCCGGAACCUAUACCAUCAUCAGGCAAAGUGAUGUUCACUGCUUUCAACUCCGCCGUGGAUCGAUAUACCCCAGCGGCUGUGGAUGGCCUCGCCAAAAUGCUCGCAAGAGACGACCCGAAUAGAACCUACUUCAAGGCCAUCUUCUCUGGCGAUGGAUCUACACCAGCCCAACCUGAAUUGUUGACCCGCGCCUUCGGUCUCGCUAUAUCUUGUGUCCCUGACAAAAAGCCUAUGGCCGUGGUGGAUGCUCGCAAGGUGUUCUUGAUGCAAGGUCUUCUGUCAGCCGAUGUUCUCACUACAUUUGCCGACGGGGCUCUCGCCAAGCUUUGGCUGGAUUCGGUCGACGGCUUUGCCGUUCAUCUCCUACGACUCUCUUGUGCUCUCUGCACAGAGCGCAUUCCACAGAUUAACAUGCGUCAAAGAGGCCAGGCUGAAGCUGAUGCCUAUGCCUUCAGCUCGAUCGUGAAUCGCGGCCUGGGAAUCCUCCGUCGACUUGCUGAAAAAUCAAAGCAAAUCGAUAAUACCUCUCCCCUCAACGUUCCGUCAGGGAUUCUACCCCGGAAGGAGAGCCUUCUAGGCGCAUUACUUCUUCCUAACAUCGACGGGGGCGUUGUGCGCCAGCUUCUCACCUACGCUCGGCUGGCGGAGUAA